AUGCGCUUCUCCGCCGCCUGUAUUCCAUUUCUAGCGUCUUUGGUAACUGCUCGGCCCGACUAUGGAGGAGAAGGAAAGGUCACUGUUUCCGACCUAAAACUUCACAAAGUCGCGAUCCCUGUCGGCUUCACCAUCCAGAAUCUCUCUUUCAAGUUGAGUGGAGACAAAGAAAAGAACAUCGAGUGUUCAGCGGAGAAUCCGCCCUGGCCCGAAGUCUCCUUCAUGCGUUGCGGCAAUUCUCAGUAUUCAUUUGCCCUCUUGCCCCGCGACGAGAGUCCCGAGAUCCUCCUCAUGAUUUACCACGACGUUGGUGACAGGAGGGCGGAUUUACGCGGGGGAAUUGUUCUGAACCUCCACUGCCGCCGCCGAGGCGAUGAGCCGGUCGAUGAUGAAUGCACGCAAGACCGUCCCCUCACUUUUCGUAUCGACGGCCCUAUUGCUGACUACCGCUGGCGCGAC